AUGCAGUUUCCCAUUUUCACGUGACCAAACCAAGGUAAACUGUGCAAAUAGGUGGUUUAGUGGAGACCCUGUUGUAGUUUUAUGUCCUCUCGACCUGAGCACGAAUGUCGCCAAAACAUAGUCCGGGAAAACCUGUGGAUGCUGCACUUACACUCGCAGAUAUAUUUCCAGUCGGCUGUUACUUGAGGAUUUGCGACGACUGCUUUACGAAGCUCGACACCGUUAAAACUGUACCUUAACUUGGAUCCAAGGAACGUCAGUAUUCUUGAUCGUCUGAUAAGAAAUCAACACAUUUCCUGUUUUUCAUCCUCCAGUAUUGAAGCAGCUCCCAGGCAGUACCAUCUCGCUGUGGGUUACAGACAACUCUGGACAGAGUAUCGCCGAGUGUAUUAAUGCGCAGAUGAAACACUAAGCAUUGGCGCCGGGUUUGACAUAUCCCAUAUAGUUUCAUUAUGACACUCAGGCAAGCGCGGUGGAGCUUGUAGUAGGCGACAGUAGCUGGUGCGCCAGCGGAUCCCAAUUCCUGCGUCCCCCUGUCCACUGUUGCCAUGUUCCCGUUUCUGAUGGGUGUGGUGUGAGCGACCAACACGCGAACGAGUGGAAAUUGAGUCAAAUCCUGUGCGAGUGUAGGGUGUCUGCCCCUUUAAAAGUCUGCAAAAUACUUUAUAUUACUCGAGCUUACCUUGAGUUUAUUUACCGAUAUGAUCACGCGUGGACUCUGAAAGUGGAUUUUUGCGGAGGGCAAGAGAUUGGAGAGAUGCGCAGCGUCUAAAGUAGCCAGUUUAAGGUGGAGGCCUGGACUUAAGUGUUUGGGGCCAUGAGUGAAUUGGAACAGCUACGAGAAGAGGCAGAGCAACUACGCGUCCAGAUCCAGGAUGCCAGGAAAGCCUGCAGUGACUCCACCCUCAAGCAGAUUUCGGCAGGUCUGGACCCUGUUGGGAGGAUACAGAUGAGAACGAGAAGAACACUCAGGGGGCACUUGGCUAAAAUCUACGCCAUGCACUGGGGAUGCGACGUCAGGUUACUUGUUAGUGCAUCUCAGGAUGGCAAGUUAAUAAUCUGGGACAGCUACACGACAAACAAGAUCCAUGCCAUCCCGCUGCGAUCGUCGUGGGUGAUGACGUGUGCGUAUGCGCCCUCGGGCAGCUUUGUGGCCUGUGGAGGACUGGACAACAUCUGCUCCAUCUACAGCCUGAAGACACGAGAGGGCAACGUCCGAGUCACCAGAGAACUGGUUGGACACACGGGCUAUCUAUCCUGUUGCCGUUUCAUUGAUGACAGCCAGGUCGUGACCAGUUCAGGAGACACCACCUGUGCCUUGUGGGAUAUCGAGACGGGCCAGCAGGCCGUCAGUUUCCCGGGUCACACGGGUGAUGUCAUGAGUCUGGCGCUGAGCCCGGACCGGCACACGUUUGUGUCGGGGGCGUGUGACGCCACGUCGAAGCUUUGGGACAUCAGAGACGGCAUGUGCCGACAGUCUUUCGACAGCCAUCUAUCAGACAUCAACGCAGUCUGUUUCUUCCCCAACGGGAACGCGUUUGCCACGGGCUCGGACGACGCCACCUGCAGGCUGUUUGACUUGCGCGCGGACCAGGAGGUGGCCAUCUACCUCCAUGACAACAUCAUCUGCGGCAUCACCUCCGUGUCCUUCUCCAAGAGCGGGCGCCUCCUGCUGGCCGGAUACGACGACUUCAAUGUCAACGUCUGGGACGUACUGAAGGGGGAGCGUUCAGGAGUUCUCGCUGGCCAUGAUAACCGUGUGAGCUGUUUGGGAGUGACGCCUGACGGCAUGGCAGUGGCCACAGGAUCAUGGGACAGCUUCCUGCGGAUCUGGAACUGAUCAGAGUGAAGAGGACCUGAGUGAGAGCAGUCACUACGUCUACGUCUACCCCUGCCCGUCUCAGACAGUGUGCUGUUAUACUCUGACAACACAUACCUUUCCGUAUUUUGUCCAAUCAGAUGAUGAGUUGAAAUGAAGGGUUAUAUUUGGGCUUUAUUUGGGCUUCAGCUUUAUAAGGCUAGUGAGUGUUUCCAUGAUUACCUACAAAAGAUAGGAUCUUGUGUAUUAUGUAUAUAUAUACAUAUAUUUAUACAUACGGAAUAUAAAUACAGUAUAUAUAUAUAUAUAUGUAGCAUUAUGUGUGUAUGUAUGUUCAUAUAUGCACAUAUAAUGUGUAUGUAUAUAUUUUGUAGUUUUUAAGUUAAUUUUAAUUGUUAAAUUUGCAGAAGGUGGCUGUGUAUAAAAACUACAUGAGGCAGCAGCACUCCCCAGUGGCUGGGUUCUAUGGUAGUAUGUCUAUGGUAGUAUGUAUGUCUAUGGUAGUGCUGUAUGCACUAGACUGCUGUCUGGACAUAAUGUUUUCAGUGGAGAGAUGAUCCCAUCUGGACCUCUUCACACACAACAACACCGUAUUAUGAUACACACGCACGCACACACACCCACAGUGCUGUGCAGGGUCGGGGGUAGGUGGCCAGACACAGGAGGCUGGUGUCUGAAGACUCGUCAUGAGACACUACAGGCUUGCCUCCCUCUUCCAUCCUCACAUCUGUGCCAAACUGCCUCACUGGCGCUCUCUAGUGGUGAUGUUCAACCACAGCAAUGUAUUGUACUGUAUUCUGAAAGCGCAUAGGUUCUAAUGAGGCGGAACCAGGCAGUCCAGAGGUCUGUAUAAUGUAUAAUGUGUCAGUGUUAGAACAGAAAGGCCAGCAGGCCAUGACCGCUAUAGGAGACCAUGCCUAUGGUGUAUGAAACCCUAAAGGUGUCUCUGGAGGUCAGAGGUCAUUGCUGUAGUGGCAGAUCAAUUAUUAUAGAUCAGUGUUAGAGAUCUAUACAGACACUCUUCAGUGUUAGAGAUCUAUACAGACACGCUUCAGUGUUAGAGAUCUAUACAGACACUCUUCAGUGUUAGAGAUCUAUACAGACACUCUUCAGUGUUAGAGAUCUAUACAGACACGCUUCAGUGUUAGAGAUCUUUACAGACACUCUUCAGUGUUAGAGGUCGUUGCUGCUUUUCGGUCUCCUGGCUGACGAGGGGACAUGGGGUCCGUAGACUAACAGCGGAAGAAAGACAUGGGGACUGUAGACUAACAGUGUAAGACGGACAUGAAACAGCCGUCUGCUCACAUGACAACAACAAGCUGCAGAGAAUGAAUCUCUGUCUCACUAACACACUCAGAAUCUGUCUCUCUCACACACACUCAGAAUCUCUGUCUAAUCUGUCUCCAUCACACACACACACUCAUCACAGAGCUGGUCCUUGGGAACUGCUGAACUCUAACCCUCCUGCCCCACCCCCCUCAUAUAUAGUCCUAGAGUCUAUAGUGGACCUGACACACACACACACACACACACACACACACAGACACCCAGGUCCACUCCAAGGUUGGCUGCUGAGUCCUGUGUGUGUUGUGUUGUGUCAGAGUGCCAUGGACCGUAAGCCAUGUCCUAUAUUUAUCCUUUUUAUGGGCUUUUCCACUUUUCUAUUUGGACAGGGGCUUGGUGAUACUGAGAAGAUGCCAGAAGAUCAUUUAGUACCAAUAAAUAAAACUAAACAUUUAUGUA